AUGCCCGAUGACGUGCCUGUCGACACUGAUGGUUGGUGGUGCGAUCCCAAAACGGAGUACGCUUUCUUGGGGUUCUCAUACGAGGUUUCAGCUUGCCAGUCUGCCGAUCAGCUGAAGAAGGAAUUUCAAGAUGCCCGGGAUCGAUUUCAGUCUCGCUACAUCCGCCUCUACGGCGCCUGUGAUCGCGAUGGCUUCUACGAUGACGUAAUCGAGGCUGCUUGGAGCGCCAGUGUGGGCGUCCAAGCUCUCAUUUGGUUCGGCUUUGACGGUGAUGACAAGUGGAAGAGCCGCCGGGACGAUUUGCUCGACACCCUGUACUCGAAUCCCAAGGCACCCUUCGUCACGAGAGGUGUCCAAUUCGGUUCGGAACCCCUCUACGACCAGGUUCUUCCCCCUUCUCAGCUCGCCAGCCAGGUCAGCGACGCUCAGACCACGCUACGGCCCCUGGGUAUCAAUGUGACUGUCUCCGAUCUGGCCUAUGGCUUCCAAUCGACAGCCGAUCAGGGCAGCCAGAAAGUGCUGGACCAGAUCGACUUUAUCGAUGCCCACAUGCUUCCUUACUUCUCCCAGCACGCAAGUACGGGUGAUAAGGCCUGGCCCGAUGUUCAAAACGAUCUCAACUACUUCCUCGACAACGGAAAGGGAAAGAAGAUCUACUUUAGCGAAAACGGAUGGCCAUCCACCCAUUACUGUCCCGGUGUUUGUCCUAAUUCGCCAGAUGCAGUGUCAAGCGUUGACAGCGAGGACAAGUACUAUAAGCUGCUUGACUCAAAGUGCGAAUACCUCAAGCAGGUCAACGGAGGCGGUGUAGGAUGGUUCGCUCACAUCUACAGCGACAAUCAAGAGCCAGGGUACGGCAUCUACGACACCAACAUGAAGCUCAAGUUUGACUUCUCUCCCAAGACGAGCUGCUGA